CGGAACAGACCAGUCAGCUUCCUCCCGCGCCACUACCGUUUGGUGCGAAGAUGGUCUUUACAAUCGGAUGCUCACUGUAAAAAUAGCAUUGGCUACUACUGGAUUAAAACGCGUUCGUGCUGUUUGCCACUGAGUCCAACGCUAAUCUAGCCGCGCCAGGGAUUGCUGUAGUUUAACUGUUUACUGCAGUCAUUGGGCGUGUUUAUGUUAAAUAACGACACACGCGUUAAGUGUUGGGUUACGUUUUAAGGUCCGAUUUUCGAAGGAAGGAAAUACAUCGUAUGAAACACGCCGCAUAAAAGGUCUCAGUUGUGGUUAAAGCAUUUUCUGGUCUUAGACUGUGCUAGCUAGCUAAUGUGUGCACGCAGCGCAACUUUGUCACUGGGUAAGAUCUGCGGCGCUUGUGUGCCGAGGCUGUUCAUGUACAAGUUUUAACCAUUUGCAGAACAUUUUAAUUAUAUGAAUUUACAUUAUUUGUUUGGAUAUCCUACAAUUCUAAGCACGGGAGUUUUAAAACUUGGAACGGGAGGCACAAAACGCGGGUCUUAAGCGCACAGUAGCGGAUUCACGGAAGAGAAACGUUAUCAUGCCGACUGGGGAUGCUCGGCCGGGUAGGGCUACGGGCACGGAGCCUACCGGUUCGGCCCAACCGGGAGAAAGCAUACCGAACCCUGCGGAGCCGCAGCCUCCCAGCUCCGCGGGAGUAGGAGCGGUAUCGGUAUUAUGGUCUUUCGGUAAGUGUCUUGGAACACUGUUGCCGGUUUACCUGGCGGGAUAUUUCGGCUUCAGCAUCAGCUUGGUCAUCUUCGCUCUGAUGGUUUACACGGGAUGGAAACACAGCCGAUACGGGAAAGAGAAACGACUGCGGGCGGCCAUGUACUUGCUGGAGAACGAGCAAGACUUCACCACAUCCAGGAUAUUAAGAAGUAAACGGGACUUGCCAUCAUGGGUCAAUUUUCCUGAUGUGGAGAAGGUGGACUGGCUGAAUAAGAUCCUGCAGCAGGCCUGGCCCUUCGUUGGGCAGUACCUGGAGAAGCUGCUGCUAGAGUCUGUGGCCCCCUCCAUCCGAGCCUCCAGCCCCCACCUACAGACCCUCAGCUUCACCAGGGUCAACCUGGGGGACAAGGCCAUAAAGGUGGUGGGGGUGAAGGCUCACACAGAACAUGACAAGAGGCAGGUGUUACUGGACCUCUACAUCAGCUAUGCGGGAGACGUGGAGAUCAACGUGGAGGUGAAGAAGUAUUUCUGCAAAGCUGGGGUGAAGGGCAUUCAGGUAAGAGAGAUUAAGGGCAUUCAGGUCAGAGAGAUUAAGGGCAUUCAGGUCAGAGAGAUUAAGGGCAUUCAGGUCAGAGAGAUUAAGGGCAUUCAGCUGGAUAUCAACUGGACAGGCCUGACCAACCUGUUGGAUAUCCCUGGGCUGAAUGCGAUGUCAGACACACUGAUAAUGGAUGCGAUCGCCUCGGUCCUGGUCCUGCCCAACCGGCUCACUGUCCCCCUGGUGGCCGACCUCCACGUUGCACAACUGCGUUCCCCUCUGCCAAGGGGCAUUGUGCGUAUCCACCUGUUGGAGGCAGAGAAUCUGGCACCGAAGGAUAACUACAUUAAGGGUGUGAACGGGAAGUCUGACCCCUACGCCGUGCUGAGGGUGGGCACCCAGACCUUCACGUCUCACCACGUCGACAACAACCUCAACCCCCAGUGGAGGGAGAUAUACGAGGUAAUAGUCCAUGAAGUGCCAGGCCAGGAGUUGGAGGUGGAGGUAUUUGAUAAAGAUCCCGAUCAGGACGACUUCCUGGGGAGGGUGAAGUUGGACCUGGGUUUAGUGAAACAGGCUCGGCUGCUGGAUGAGUGGUUCACUCUGAAAGACACUCCCUCUGGUCGACUGCACCUCAGGCUGGAGUGGCUCUCCUUGCUGUCCAGUGCAGACCAGCUCGACCAGGUCCUCCAGAGGAACAGGAACCUGGCCGUUUCCAGCAGGACUGCGGACUCACCCUCAGCCGCCAUCUUGGUGAUUUAUCUGGACCGCGCCCAGGAGCUGCGGAUGAAGAAGGGUAAUAAGGACCCCAGUCCCAUGGUGCAGUUGUCAGUACAGGACACCACUAAAGAGAGCAAGACCUGCUACGGCACUAGUGACCCAGUGUGGGAGGAUGCCUUCACCUUCUUCAUCCAGGACCCCUGCAGCCAGGACCUCGACAUCCAGGUGAAGGAUGAUGACCGGGCCCUGUCUCUGGGCAGUCUGUCUGUACCUCUGUCCCGGCUCCUGUCCUGUCCUGAGCUGGUCCUGGAUCAGUGGUUCCAGCUGGAGAACGCCAGUUCUGGCAGCCGAAUCUAUGUCACCAUCAUCCUGAGGGUGCUGUGGCUGAAUGAAGAAGCCUCUCCCACUACGCCUGUGUCCCCCGGCUCCCCGGCCACUGCCCCGGGGGAGGGUGAGGGGGGGGUGACGGCAGAGCUGCUCCCUGGGGGAGGCAGUGCCUCCGUUUGUGCCCCUAAAUCGCGACCCCAGCACACCUCCCCCGACCCCAGCUUUGCUGCUGAGGGGGUGCUGCGGAUCCACCUGGUGGAGGCGCGGAACCUGAUCGCCAAGGACAACUUCAUGGGCGGCAUCGUGAAGGGGAAGAGCGACCCCUACGUGAAGACUCGGGUCGGGGGCGUGACCUUCCGCAGUCAUGUGAUCAAGGAGAACCUCAACCCCACCUGGAACGAGCUGUACGAGGUGGUUCUGACCCAGUUGCCUGGACAGGAGGUCCAGUUUGAGGCAUACGACAAAGAUCUGGACCAGGAUGACUUCCUGGGGAGGUUCAAGAUUAGUCUCCGGGACAUUAUCAACUGUCAGUACACUGAUCAGUGGUACACGCUGAACGAUGUGAAGUCUGGACAGGUGCACCUGGUCCUGGAGUGGCUGCCCAAACUGUCAGACCCCGCCAGACUGGAUCAGAUCCUGCUGCACCAAUCACAGCAGUCCUACCAGAACAAGAUCACACCCUCUGCUGCUGUGCUGUUUGUGUAUGUGGACCGCGCCCACGGCCUGCCUCUGAAGAAGAGUGGAAAGGAGCCAAAGGCAGGGGCGGAGCUGUCCCUCAAAGGCUCCUCCCAAAGGACCAAGGUGUGUGAUCGCUCCACUUCUCCUCAGUGGGAUGAGUCCUUCUACUUCCUCGUUCGUGACCCCAGACAGGAUAUGCUGGUAGUGAAGGUCUCUCACAGCUGGGGAGCGGCGCUGGGCUCUCUGGUGCUGCCCGUCAGAGAGCUGCUGUCAGAACCGGGCCUGGUGCUGGAUCGCUGGCUAGGGCUGGAGGGAGCCCUGCCCGAGAGCCAGGUUCUGCUGAGGGUCGUGCUGAAGAUCCUGGACUCAAAGGCACUGGCGGGUGGGCGGGCUUUGGGGGAAAUGGCAGGCAGUGAUGAGGGUGACUUCAUUAUCCCCAGCAAAGAGGCAGCCACAGCAGCCAAUCAGGAGCUGAGGCACCGGGUUGGGCUCGCCCAGGGGGUUGGGGGUCUGGCAGGAAGCCAUAAAGGUCAAGUGAAGCUCACCAUUUCCUGCUCCAGCGAAGACAACAGGCUGCUGGUCAUAGUUCACAGCUGCAGGUACCUUGUGGCCUGUGCCAGAGAUGGGUCGGACCUCUACAUCUCCUUCAUCCUCCUCCCAGACAAGAACCGGACCACCAAGAGGAAGACCAGCUUGAAGAAGAGGGACCUGAACCCAGAGUUUAAUGAGAGGUUUGAUUUUGAUCUCUCGUUGGAGGAGGCAAAACGCAGGCGGCUGGACUUGUCCGUUAAGAACAGCGUGUCCUUCAUGAGUCGUGAGAGAGAGCUCCUCGGCAAGGUACAGGUGGAGCUGGCGGAUCUUGACCUCGGCACCGGGGUUACGCAGUGGUAUGAUUUAACAGAAGAGAUUUAACAGAACGGAUCAACUGGUGGAUCCACUGGUGAAGAUCACUUCACACACUGAUGCCUUUAUUACCCAUCUCACACCUCUCUCUCUCCUCUGGUUAUAAAAUGUCAUUUUUUAAACUUUUAUUUAUUUCAUUUUGUUGCCAACUCAUGGGCUAGUGCAUAGAAAGUAGAUUAAUGAUGAAUGUGGCUCCAGAUCAGAAUCCUGUCCUAGACGGGUUGCUGAUUGGCUAAAGGAUCCACACACCUUGUUCCAGGGCCUUAAUUGGCUGGUGAUUGAAAGGAAACAGGAAAUACAUUAGACACUGUGGCCUCCAAAGGACUUGAGUUUAAAGCUUGUGGUUUAACGCUAGAAAAACCAGAACCAGAACCAUCAGGAAUUAAAAUUCCAAAAAUACUCUCCUCCUUCCACGACUUCCUAAAUGUUUGGUCUUUAAACAAUUGCUUGCUACAUCAUACUAACCUCAUACAGGCAUCAAUAAAUGCUAACAACACUCUGGCACUGUAAGUUUUAUGACCAUAAAAAAACGUUUUCUGUGAGAAGUGUGUUGUCAGGUUCACAUGCACACACUGCGGUCUACAUGCUGAAGCUCCGUUUCGCCCUCCCGAAUGCUGGAUAAGCCUGACAAAGCUGCAUGUCAGAAUCGGCAGUUCCAGGUCGUAAAAAACACUGGCCUUUCUGGUGUUAACACAUUUUACAGGAAGUCAGCUGUGGCCUGAGUGCAUUCUGCUAUGAAUGCGUUUGUUCUAUGGUGCUUUCGCUGCCUUCCUUGUGCUAACUGAAGUGUGUUUGCUACCUCUUAAAAGGCUUCUGGGGCGGCUCGGUGAUAUGUCGAUAAAACAAUCUUUAGCACUGCGCAGUCAGCAAAAAAAAAAAACCUAAACACUGAACUCAAUUCCCUGACCCCUUUGUCAAAAAAUGAAAUGAAAGGAACAUGACACUGAAGAAAGCAAGUCAUCCAUUUAUUGUGCGAUGAAAAGGUACAGUUGCCAGGUUACCGAGGUCUGACAUUAAUUCAAUAUAACUGGGUGAAUCAGGUUUCUUUGCAAUUGAAUGAUUAUUGCCAAGACAAGAUAGGUCAGCUAUGAAGAUUGAUACUAAAUACAUCGUCACC